AUGAAAAAUGUUAAAGACAAUGUGCUACAAGACAGGUUGAAGGGGACGUUUGAUACCAGCAGUAGCAGCAGUGACGUCGUGAGCGGGGAAGAUGUGAUUGUAGAUGUAAGUGAUGAAGACUACUUCGCCAUGCCGCAGCUGUUCGGUAUGCACGGCGACUACAUCCCGUGCUUGAAGCUCCGCGGCGUAUACUGCGUCGGCGACUUCGAGCUCUCUCCUGUUGGGAACGACAGAUUAUUUCGGAUAAUGAAGGGUCUCUCAGCAAACUGGGUGGACAGCUUUAACCACACGCGGCUGCACCGCGCGAUAUGCGUCUCGCGCGUCUGCCCCGCGCCGGACCCGCUGCUGCCACCCACUCCGGAGGACUGGUUUGAGUCGUGCGUGAACGCGAGCAUGGCCGCCUACAAUCUGACGGCGAGACUCUACCGCCUCGACUACUGCAACAAAGGACAGGUUCCUGCAAAGCCACUGACAACUAAUGAUAAAGCAUUCGUGUUUGUCGUCGUUAUAUUGUUGGCCUUAACAAUGUUCAGCACUUAUCUCGAAUCGAACCUCCCCGAAGACAUCAAAAAAGAUUACGGCUGGAUUCUCUCCUGGUCUCUAAAGUCCUCGUGGGAGUCCCUCGUGGCACCAACGCCGAGCGCGCGGGGCUCGGACCUGCGCUGCCUCGACGGACUCAGAGUCUGCUGCAUGCUGUUUGUAGUGGGCGUCCACGUAUCCUACUAUAACAUGAUAGGAUACCCCGGAGAUACGAGCUUUGAACGUGAACAUCGAAGACCGCUCGCCAUGUUUGUUGUAAAUAGUACUUUAGUAGUGCAAAUCUUCUUUCUCAUGUCAAGUUUUCUAAUGGCUCACAAAUUGCUUCAAGACAUGAAGCAAGAAUCUCCGGUGAAAACUUUCUUCCGUUCCAUGCUGAAUAGAUUUAUUAGGGUCAGUCCCAGCUACUUUAUGGUAGUUUGGUUUACAAUGACUUGGUUCGAGAAGUUGGACGACGGGCCGCUGUGGCCGCCGCUGGUGGGCGCGGAGGCGGCGCGCUGCCGGCGUACCUGGUGGCGGCAGUUCACCUACCUGGACAACGCUAUCAGCAUGGACGGCAGAUGCUUAAUACAAAGCUGGUACUUGUCAGUGGACAUGCAGUUCUACGCGCUGUCACUGGUGCUGACGCUGGCGCUGCGCGGGUCGCGACACGCGCUGCCACUGCUGGCUGCGCUGUUUCUGCUCGCGAUCGCCCUCAACCUGGCGCAGGCCUACGCGUGGCAUCUCGUGCCCACCUUUCUUCUGCACAACUACCAGUCAAUCAUAAGGAUAUACGAAGAUAACCUGUCUAUGAAUGCAUUGUACAAGUCGCCGCUGGGCAGCGCGGUGAGCCCGCUAGCGGGACUACUGAUGGCGCACGCGCAGGUCUCCGGCCAGGGCGGGGGUAUCAAAAAUAUACUUCUUAAGAGCAAGUGGUUCCGAUUCGUAUCAUCAGUGGUAGCGCUGCCGGCGGCGGCGGUGUUCAUGGCGCUGGCGCCGGCGGCGCUGGGCGCGGGGCCGCCGCGCCGCGCCGCCGCCGCCGCGCUCGCCGCCCUUGAGCGACCCGUCUUCAUAGUCCUCAUAGCUGUCGCUUUGUUCGGCGCUAUCAAUGGCGUGGAUUCGCUAUGGCGGCGCGCGCUGGCGGGCGGGCGCGUGGCGGCGCGCCUCACGUACGGCGCCUACCUCGUGCACAACUGCUUCAUCACGGCCGUCUGCGCCACGCGCUUCACCCCCUCGCACUUGGACUACAAGACCGUGUUUACGGAAACAUUGGGUGUAUUGGCACUAUCAUAUGCAGCGGCCUUGCCGCUGGCAUUACUUGUGGAGCUCCCUGUACAGAGACUAUACAAUGAAAUUAAGAAUCUUAAGAAAGUC